AUGCAUUUCUCUCUUGCUAGCAUCACUGCCUGCUUGGCUCUGGUAGCCAGCACUCGCGUCUCUGCCGCUCCCACCAGCUCCUCGUCACCUUCCACGCUAUCUUCAAGGGCGGAAGCCAAAGUAGGCUACCUCGCCAGCAACUUCUUGGGCGGUAACGUGCAAUCCGUCUACUUUUCCUUGUCUCGUGGCAAUGAUGCGCUGAGCUUCAGGAUGCUAAAUGGUGGUCAGCCCGUCUUGACGCCAGCUUCUGGGCAAGGUACGGGUGGUGCUAGAGACCCUUACCUCGUGGCUAGUCCCGAUGGCAAGACGUUCUGGCAGAUCGCCACGGACUUGGACAUCGGUAAGACAACUUGGGGAGACGCUGUGCGCACCGGCAGCCGAGCGAUCUACGUCUGGACCUCCACGAACCUCGUGGAUUGGUCCCCAAGCGAGCUUGUCAAUGUCGAAGACGCUACGGCAGGCAUGGUGUGGGCACCAAGCGCGCACUACAACUCUGCGACUCAAGAGUACACCGUCUUUUGGUCCUCUCGUUUCUAUGCUGAGAACGACCCUGACCACAAGGGUGCGGUCGUCCGCGAGGACACCAUCCGCUACGCGACCACGAAGGACUUCAAGACGUUCAGUGCGCCCAAGAACUACCUGGAUGCCACGCCUUUCAUCGAUCAAGAAUUCCUUCCGCUCGACAAUGGAGGAUGGGCGCGCUUCUUGAAGAAUGAGAGCAGCAGCGUCGUGACGUGGCAAACGACAUCGGAUACCAGUCUGCUCUCCUCCGAUUGGCAGGAUCAUGGAGCAGUGACGACCGCUGCUCGUGAAGGACCUGCAGCAUUCCACGACAACAACGAUGCCAGCCUCAUUCACCUCUGGCUCGACGAUUUUAGCGGACCUGGAAGGUAUUUGCCCUACUCCACAAAGAGCGUCACCGCUGGUCCAUGGGCGCAAGACAAUGCACCCAACUUCCCGAACAACCUUCGACAUGGCUCUGUCAUCCAGCUGAACCAACAACAGUACGACGCACUGAGUCAGAAGUGGCCAGCUUGA